AUGCCCUUCGCAGUGUGGUGCGGGUACUGCCGUCCGGAGACGGUGAUAGGGCAGGGCGUGCGGUUCAACGCGUCCAAGACGCGCUCGGGGAGCUACUACUCCACGCCGAUAUGGCAGUUUCGCAUGCGCCACGCAGACUGCGGUGGGGAGAUUGUCAUCCGGACUGAUCCGCGCAACACGGCGUACCUCGUCGUCUCGGGGGGCAGGAAGCGCGACACCGGCGAGGACGACGACGGUCCUGUCCCGACCUCGGGCCCCAGAGGAAGAGACGGGCGCAGCGAGCGCAGCGAGGGGGGUGGAAGCACUAUGGAAAUCACGACAGAUGCCGAGAGGGAGAGGUUGAGGCAGAACGCAUUCGCCAAGCUGGAGCGCACCAUAGACGACAGGGAGCGCCUCGUCGCCGCCUCCCGCCGCAUAGACGACCUGCUCGUCGCGUCGGACAGACAGGGGAGGGACCCGUACGCUGUCAACGCCAUGCUGCGCCGCGGCUUCCGCCAGGGCAGGCGCGCCCGCCAGCGCGACGCAGACUACGUCGACGAGCUGUGCGACCGCAUCGGCCUGGACCCAGACGUUAUGCUCCCCGCCAGCCAGGACGAUGUCAGGCGCGCCGCUCUCGUCGACUUCACCCCCCAACCACUGUUGCCGACGUCUUCUUCCGCCAUGGCGAAACCGCUUUUCCCUCCUGCCUCCGCCUCUGCUCCUACCAAGACCCCGGUGACUGUCGAGAAGAAGGAGAAGGACUUGCCGAAGGAUACGAAAGAUGACGCUGCCGCCAAGGCUACGAGGUCCGGCUUCGCUCAUCAGGUCAUGGGCAACACGAGGAUCACGCGCGAUCCCUUCCUCGGGUCGGCAUCCGCGAGCAAAGACAAGAUGCGUGCUCGACUGGCCGGUGUCAAGCGCAAGCGUAGGGCGAGUCAGUCGUCUCCUCCGCCGGCCGAGGUGCCAUCCAGUACGGGCGGUCUCGGUACAAGACUUGUGGCUUACGACUCGGACUGA